AUGCUAGCAAGGAAGGGUGCCACCUUAUACAAUCAACAUUUUCUCUCCAGGACGUUCAACCUCUGCUUCAAGACCCUCACCAAUAUUCCCAACAAAGACGUUGAGGUUGCAUCGAGCUCUGAAUCCGUGCCACCUUCUGAAUACUCUACCAGCCUCCAUCUUUCCCCAUUUUUCUAUGACUUCAAUCAUCCCUCAACUGGAUUCGAUAUUGAACUUGUGGAUCAUGAUGCUUGGGGUGUCUCAUCUGGGGUGGCACAGGCCUGGAAGGGACCUGCAUCAAUAGCUAGUUCUUUUGGUCCUCAAGUUACUGAUGAAGCCGUUGAUGAUCAUGUUGACGGGGAACUAGACUUUGAGGACAUAGAUAAUAUGAGGGUUCGUGGCAAUCUGUUUUAUAAGCUUGAGCGCAGUUCCAAGGAGUUUGAAGAGUAUAAUUUGGAUUUUCACAGGAAGAAAUCUUCGAAGAAAAAAGAGGAGUUAAACAAAGCUAAAACAACUCCAAAUGUGGUUUCCAAAGAUCACAAUGUUCCUAGAGUUGAUGAAUUGACAAGAAGAAAAAGUUUUGUGCCCCGUGUGAACGAAAUCAAUGAUGGUCCUAGUGUGAACAAAAGGCAGAGGACUCCCACGUUUAACCAGCUUACAGGUCCUUACCAUGAACCCUUUUGCUUGGACAUUUUCAUAUCAAAAGCCUCUGUUCGUGCUUGCGUUGUUCAUAGGGUGACGAGUAAGGUUGUCGCUGUGGCACAUUCCAUCUCUAAGGACAUCAAGUUUGACCUAUCUUCUACCAAGAAAAAAAAUACUUGUGCCGCUGUGGGGGCAAUUCUGGCUCAGAGAGCAUUGAGUGAUGAUAUCCACGACGUGAUUUACACUCCAAGGAAAGGAGAAAGAGUGGAGGGAAGGCUUCAGAUUGUUCUUCAGUCUAUCAUUGAUAAUGGCAUCAACGUUAAGGUUAAGAUUAAGCAGAGACCCAAGAAAUCGUUCAACCGCAUCACCUGA